AUGGUCCGAUUCUACGAAUUCCGGCUGGCCCGCCGCUCCAUCUGCUCCUAUCUACGCCACAAUUCACCUUCUCUUUUGGGUGAAUCAUUAUUGGAAGGGAGUUGCAGGAGUUAUGGCACAGCACUAUCCAAUCGUUGUAGGGUCCUUCCCUAUUCGAAUUUUGGAAAUGUGGCUAGUGAGAGAGACUGGUUGAAAAUCGGUUUACUCAAAGCUAAUUUGGGUGUGGCACGAUCAAUUCAUAGCACUGCACGUUUGUCAAGAGAUUUUUACGAUGUGCUCGGCAUAAGUAAGAGUGCAACUGCUUCAGAAAUCAAGAAAGCUUAUUAUGGGCUUGCAAAGAGGUUGCAUCCAGAUACAAACAAAGAUGACCCAGAAGCUGAAAAAAAAUUCCAAGAGGUUCAGAAAGCAUAUGAGGUCUUGAAAGAUGAUGAAAAGCGCCAACAGUACGAUCAGCUUGGCCAUGAAGCUUUUGAGCGAACCAGUAAUGGUGAAGGUCCCGGGUUUGAUCCGUUUGGAGGUGGUGGCUUUAAUCCUUUCCAGGACAUCUUUAGAAAUGCUGAUAUUUUCAAUAUAUUCAAUCGGGACAUGGGUGGUGAAGAUGUCAAGGUUUCAAUCGAGCUAUCCUUUAUGGAAGCUGUUCAGGGAUGCUCUAAAACACUGACAAUCCAAACUGAUUUGGCUUGUGAUACUUGUGGUGGAACUGGCGUUCCUCCUGGAACCAGGCCUGAAACAUGUAAGCGUUGUAGGGGCUCUGGCAUGGUUAUAUCACAAAAUGGACCAUUCACACUUCAGUCUACUUGUCCUAACUGUGGAGGAGCCGGAAAAAUUGUAUCGAGUUUUUGCAAGUCAUGCAGGGGUAAACGGGUAGUAAAGGGACCAAAAACAGUGAAAAUAAAUGUUCUGGCAGGGGUGGACAAUAUGGAAACCAUUAAGAUUCCCAGAAGUGGUGGAGCAGAUCCUGAGGGCAAUCAACCUGGUGAUCUUUAUGUUAUAAUCAAGGUUAGAGAAGACCCUGUGUUCCGGAGAGAGGGGCCUGACAUUCAUGUUGACUCAAUUUUGAGCAUUACUCAGGCAAUUUUGGGAGGAACAAUCCAGGUGCCAACUCUGACUGGGGAUGUUGUUGUUAAGGUCCGCCCCGGAACUCAACCUGGUCAAAAAGUUGUCCUGAAGAAAAAAGGGAUCAAAGUUAGGAACUCUUACUCAUUUGGAGAUCAAUAUGUUCACUUUAAUGUCAGCAUUCCAACAAACUUGACCCAAAGACAGCGGCAAUUGAUUGAGGAAUUCGCCAAAGAAGAGCAAGGGGAUUAUGAUAAGGGUGCUGCUGCAGGUGCAUCAGGUUGA